CCUGUAGUUACCAUUUCCUGUCACUGACGUCACACGUUCUAUAUUUUAGCAAAAGUAGCUCCCACGGCUGCUUCUAUGAUUUUUAAUUUAAUAUUAGAAAGGCACCGUACAGCUUAAGUCCAUAGUGGAGCCGACAGGAAAGGCGACAGUGUCCAGGUCAGACCAUGGCUGACGAUCCUCAGAGGAAUUUCCGUUCAGCAUAUUAUGAGAAGGUUGGCUUCAGAGGAGUGGAGGAGAAGAAGUCAUUGAUGAAAGACAAUCCUCUGGAUUUAGAGAAGCUAAGCACCUUCAGUCAGAGGUUCCCUCUUCCUUCCAUGUAUAGGGUCCAUGUGUGGAAAGUAUUGCUGGGAAUCCUACCACCUCACAGUGACUCUCAUACACUGGUUGGGGGCUACAGGAAGGAGCAGUACGAGGAUGUCCUGGAAGCGCUGGAGGUUAUGAGAUACAUCAACUUCUCCACGCCCUCCACCCACAUCUACCUACGCAUGUUCCAGCUUGAAAGUCAGGUGCUUCCAAGGUGCUCAGAGAUCACACCACCGGAUGAAGAAAAUGAAGACUUUCUGUCCAUCAGCAGAGCCAUGGAGGAGAUUGUGGAUGAUCCGGUCGACUGUUACUGGCUAAUCAAGUGUUUCAUCAGCCAGUUUCACACCAAGUUUGGAGACUCCAUUCCUCAUCUGCCAAAGAGCCUGGAGCACUAUCUCAGUCAGGAGGAGCCUCGACUGCUAAGUCACUUGAGGAACAGUGCAGCUCUAAGUCAGCUUCCCUACAGCCUCUGGUUCAGGCGCUGCUUUGCUGGCUGCCUACCAGAGUCCAGCCUCCAGAGAGUUUGGGAUAAAGUGGUCAGUGGCUCCUGUAAGAUUCUGGUGUUCGUGGCUCUGGAGAUUCUGCUCAACCACAAGAUCAUGUUGAUGGGCAUAAACCGGCCUGAAGGCAUCGUCAAGUUCUUGUGUAAUAUACCACAGGAAAACACAGACGCCAUCGUGACCAAGGCCAUAGACCUGUGGCAUAAACACUGUGGCACCCUGGCGCACACGUCAUGAAACUACAUGAAGGAGACGGAGAAGGACUUUGAACCCAGAGGUGAGAAGCUUUCCCAGACUCCACCAGGACUUCCUUUCAAACAUCUACUGAAAACCAGACUAACUGAGGGAUUAACUGUUGACUGAACUGAGAACCUACACCUGGAUGCUUCUGAGAAGCUGUAGGAUGUGGGACAACCUGUUAAUGGAAGCAUAAACUAUGACAAGGGGGAGAAAAUGAACUUAUUAUUUUUAAUAAGAUUAUUUCUUUAAGAAACGUCAUACAUCAUAGAAGACUCACAAUAAAUUAACACUCACAUGCAGUUCUCUCUGCUUUACAAAAAAA